AAGAGCAAAAUUAUGAGCUUCCUUAUGCCUGAUGUAAUGCGCGCUUUAAGAGUCGCGGUAAAUAUAGAAAACGCCGGAAAACGCAUGGCGAACCAUUCAUUUACAAACGCAAACGAUCCGAUUAUGGGCGAACGUUCAAUCAUUCAUCGUUUGCAUCUCACAAUGAAACACAUCUACUUAAAAAUAAAUGCGAAAACUGUGAUACAUGUUUCGCCUGAGAAAACAACCUGA